AUGCUGACUCUGUGUUUCUCUGCAUCUCUGCUUUCCUGCAGCAACCGUGUUACGAUGGUGGCCAAAGGAAAUCACACCCCCAGUGCUGAAUUUGUUCUCUCGGGGUUCUCAGAGCAGGGGGAUGUCCAGGCUGUCCUCUUCAUGGUCUUCUUGGUGUUCUACGUGAUCACUCUGCUGGGGAAUCUGGGGGUGCUCGUGUUAAUCAGGCUGGAUGCCCAGCUUCACACCCCCAUGUACUUCUUCCUGAGCAGCCUGUCCUUCCUAGACAUCUGCUAUUCCUCCUCAAUCACCCCCAGGCUGCUCUCAGAUCUCCUAUCAGAAAGGAAGGUCAUUUCUUACUCUGCGUGCCUCACACAACUUUAUUUCUAUGCGGUCUUUGCCACCACCGAGUGCUACCUCUUGGCCGUGAUGGCGUAUGACCGCUACGUGGCCAUCUGCAGCCCACUGCUCUAUGCCAUCUCCAUGUCCAGCAGAGUUUGUGCACUGCUGGUAGCUGGCUCGUACCUCGCUGGGAUCGUGAAUGCCACUAUCCACACGGGGUUUGCACUUCGGCUGUCCUUCUGUGGUCCCAACAUCAUCAACCACUUUUACUGUGAGGGCCCCCCGCUUUUUGCCAUCUCUUGCACAGACCCCACUGUCAAUGAGAUUAUGAUGUUCAUUGUGGUGGGCUUCAACCUGUUUGUCACCAACCUGACCAUUCUUAUCUCCUACACCUACAUCCUGGCCACCAUCUUGAGGAUGCGCUCGGCCGCGGGCAAACACAAAGCCUUCUCCACGUGCGCGUCCCACCUGACCGCCGUGAUCCUCUUCUACGCAUCUGCUGCGUCCAUGUACUCACGACCCAGUUCCAGGCACUCCCAGGACCUCGACAAAGUGGCCUCUGUGUUUUACACUGUGGUGACCCCCAUGCUGAACCCCCUCAUCUACAGCCUGAGGAACAAGGAGGUGAAGAAUGCGCUGGAGAGAGUGAUGGAGAGGAAACGUUCAUCUGAAAAAUAG